AUGCAGCUCAGAUAAUCUGACAUCCAGUUUAGGUUGCUGUGAUAUAGUAAUUAAAAUAUUUUUUUUUAGGCUCAGGGGGGAAAAUGCAGUCUCCUGCAAAGGUGGUAAACACUAAGCCGUUCAAACUAAGGAAAAGCUUAGAAACCCGAAAAUCUGAGGUCAUUCGGAUAAAGGCAAAGUUUCCAACUAAAAUUCCGGUCAUUGUAGAAAGGUACACCAAAGAAAAAUAUUUACCGCGCCUCGACAAAACAAAGUUUCUUGUUCCUCAGGAUAUUUCCAUGUCCCAGUUUAUAAAUAUUAUCAGAAAUAGAAUGGAUUUGUCAGCCACACAAGCAUUCUACAUCUUGGUGAAUAAUAAGAGCCUUGCCAGCAUGUCUCUUACUAUAUCAGAAUUGUACAGAGAUAAUAAAGAUGAAGAUGGAUUUUUAUACAUGACCUAUGCGUCUCAAGAGAUGUUUGGUCGAGCGUGCACUGGAUCAUUUUAUUUCUUGCCUGUGAAAAACAUGUGACAUGUUAAAGGGCAUUUGCAUAUAUCCUUUAGCAUGAACAGACCUUUUAUCCCUUCUUAAUAUUUUCCUAAUUGUUUUUUAUUGCAGACUGCCAGUUUAAUUGUAUCUUUUCUCAUUUUAAAGCAUUUAUAGAACACUGCAUUUUUAUAAGUAACAACAAAUGAUUUUUUCAAGAAAGUUAUUGUAAUAAAGCAUUAAAAAUUCA